AUGAUUAGUGUCGAUGUUUUCGGUGUGCUCCGGAAAUGCGCAGACUCUGCCCAGCUCCCGACUCCCAAGCCAAGCCAAGCACACUUAGCCACUAUUAUGGCAGUGCCGGGUUCGCAAUCUGACAUCUGCUCAUGUCAGUAAGAUCCUAGGCACAUUCGGGCGCAUGCUUGAAUCUCAAUCGGGAAAGUAGUGGUCGGAUAUUGUUGGCACACUACGGGAUAUUUCUGGCCAACAUGCAACUCAGGAGUCUAUCGCACAGCACAUGCCACGGAUGCAGCCAGCUUGUGGCAAGUCAGCCGUAUUGGGGUACCCAAAUAGGCGACCACGCACGCUUCUCGACACUACUUGUGGCGUGCCAGUGCUGGAGGUCGAAUGUUGAAGUACCCACAAGAUCUGAGCUCGGUGGGGCUAAUUUUUGGGAGUGCAGUCGCACCUACAGACACGAAUUUCUUUUUCUUGUUGUUUCUUUUGGCCCGGCUAGGAACCGUCUGGCUGCGAGGAUGGAGGCAGACAGACACAAGCUGGCCCGAAGUGGUGUGCAUAAUCAGGCAGGGUGGGUGGCCGACAGCGGCGGCGGGGGUGCCGCUGGGAGGGGGGGUGAAAUAGCCAUAAAACUGCCACCAUGUAGCUGUUCCUGUGUGCGGACCACUUGCGUCGAAAGUGUCUGGAUUUCUGUGUCUGGUCCGGCCAGGGUGGUGGCGGUACGGGUGCGGCGAAAUUGGCCCCCAAACAGCCACUGCAAAGACAGUGCUCCACGAGCGCAUCCAGGGGCGGACCAGUGAACCUCGCUAGCAGACCCAGCGCCCCCAGCGCCCUCCUGGGCCUCCUCUCCCCUCGUAUCGGCCCUUUGACAUGCGUCAGAUCGGAGUCGUGCGCGCGCCAAAGUCCAACGGGGUCGUGCGCGCGCUUUGUGCCACCAGGCACUGGAUUCUGUCUGUCUGCCAGGCGCUGACAAUUACCAAGGGAUUAGUCCUCAGUCCUCUUGAUAUAUCCACCACCCAUCAGUUCUCCACUGGUGCCAAUCUAGAGCAAGCCCCUCUAGCGUUUCUCGAGUACCUCUUCGCCA